AUGACCAGGGUUGAGCUGUCGGCGGAUAUAUUACGGCACAUAUCACUGCUAUCUGCCAGUACCGCGCCGUACUACCAGCUUCCCGAAGAUGAGUAUAAUGUGAAGAUCUUGCACUCGGACUCCGCCGAACACACCGCAAGACUCAUCCGGCAGAUUGCAGACCUCACCAGACGCAGCUCACAAGUGUGGACGUAUAGCGACUGGGUGGACCGUGUCUGGCUUUCUCACGAAAUGAGCGCGCACGAGCGAUUUCUUCUCUCCUUCCCAUGCCUAAAUGCAUUCAGUGCACAAGUGAUGCUCUCAUCAGCGGCUCUACCCUUGCUCCUAACCAUGCCUCUCGGUCAGCUUGUGACCGCGUGCCCUCGCAUUCCCCUUACAAUGCUCAAGAAAUUUUAUCAGAUAGCCCAUCUGGAAAGCCCCAUAGCAGAUGAUAAUGACCUCGACGAGUCUUUAAGAUCCAAUGACGUCUCGGCAUCUACCAUACCUGACCCAGUAGCCUCACCAGGUUACUCCUUUCUAGUCAAAGAUGACCUUGAUCCAGCGAGUGGGAAUUGCUGUUCGAGAAAUGAACUGUCAGAGAGACGGCAUGUGCUUAACAAUUCUCCAUUGAGUUUGCACGGAACAAUGCCUGAUGACAUUCGUUACAGUAGGCACAUGCAUAACAAUUCCCCAUGGAGUCGGUAUGAAGCAGUGGGUGAUGACAUCCGGAUGGACAAGUCUCAUGAUGUUCGACCUAACAAUGCUCAACUUGGUCACCAUGAUACAGUGGGUGGUAACAUCCGCAUGGACAGGUCUCCUGUCACUCGUUACCAUAGUAACCAUGUCACACAGCCACAAUGCAGGCAAGUCGUGCGGCAUGGCAUAGAUGAAAUGGGCAAUGGACUUUAUGCUCAUGGUUACGACCGACCAACAGAUCUCAACUUUCUGGAUGCAAUUCAGCAUAACUGGUCAAGUCCACAAACGAGUGAGGACUCUCUCUGGUUGGCUCUUGAAAGGGGGGGCAGUACUGAUGCUAUCGAACCAGAUGUCUCAGAUUACCAAUAUAGCCUUAGCCCAGAACAUACCUAUAAGCACUCCCCGGUGGAUAUAAGAGCACAUGGUCAUCAGGGCUUGUAUAGUGAAAAUCAUGUGAGGGAAAGGGGCCCUGUAUACAGAAACACAGACCAACAGAACACGUCCUCAGAGAACUAUACAAAGUCCUUGCUACCCACGAGAGACGCAUCAUCAUCACUUUAUCACUCACAGCGGAUGAGAGAGGGGAUGGACAGUAAACGCUCAAGGAACACCUCUAUGGAUCGCACUCAGAUGUUACCGCGAAGAGAUCAGCAAGCCAAUACCCUUUUCCAGCAAAACAGACAAAGCGACUGCGGUAUAACCUCAAGGAUUGCCACGUCAGUGGUGUGCAAAGUAGGCCCUAGUAUCGGAAUCGCAAAACCAUUAGUGCGUACAAAUGAUGCAGAAACAAGGCGCCAUCAGAUUCUGGAGGCAAGGGCUCUAUCUUCCAAGAGAAAAAGGGUCCCACAAUUUGAUGAACUGUUUGGACCAACCCAACAGAAUCAUCAAAGAAUCUCCAAAAUGCUAGGUGAGCACGUGGUACCACCACUUGAACCUCUUCCAGAUACAGAUGAGAUGUCCAUAUUCUCAAACCAUCAUGAUGACCACACAAAUAAGAAGCGCCGGCUGACAUAUGAGCGUGUACCAGGGAACAAAGGCCAAACCAAGUUAGCCUUCAACUGAUAAUCCAUGGGAAUUUAAAUACAGGUUGAUACAUUAUGAAGCACCAUAACUUAAAUUUAUUGGAACAAUGGAACCAGGAAUAUUAUGGACACUGUACAUGAGAGAGCUCAUGAUAGCCUUCUCAGGGGUUAAAUGCUAUCUAGGAUAGGCUGAUAAUAGACUUCUGAAGUAAAAUACCCUCUAGGCAACCUUGACGUCUGAGUUUGUCAUAGAUUCCAUGACAUCAGGUUUGAUCUCAUCAACACAGUGUCAUGUACAAUGAUAGAGUUGAGCAUACCAUUACCUCAUACAAUACCAUAGCCAAUUAACUAGAAAAAGGUACUUUGUACAAAAUGUAAGAAUAUUUUUAUGAUUGCAAAAUACAUUGAGCUUGAUCUCUUAAUCACA